UCAAACUUUUCUUUGAGUUGUUUGUUUAUCUACAAAACAUGGUUUCAAGUUCUGCUUUUGAAACAACCCUAAACCUCCCAAGUCUAGACCUUUCAAAGCCAUUACAACCUUCAUCUAUGUCUUCUCUUUCUGAAGCUUGUCAUCAAUGGGGUUUCUUCAAUAUUGUCAACCAUGGAAUCUCCAAGGACCUUUUUGAAAAUAUCAAAUCUUUCUCUAAUCAACUCUUUGAUCUUCCUAGUGAAGUAAAGCUUAAACUUGGUCCUUCUUCAUCCAUCAAAACUUACACUCCCCAAUUCAUUGCAUCUCCAUAUUUUGAAAGUUUUAGGGUUUCUGGACCAGAUUUUCAUUCAUCUGCUCAAGGUUCAGUUGAUGUGGUAUUCAACAAUAAUAUUCGUCAUGAAUUCGGCGAGAUAUUGGAAGAAUACGGGAAGAAAAUGACCGAACUGGCAAAGAAGAUUAUGAAGAUCGCGUUAAUGGUCCUAGGAGAUGGGUUCGAUACAAGAUUCUACGACUUAGAUUUCAAAAACUGUCACGGCUAUUUACGAAUAAACAGAUAUUCACCUCCAACCAAUUUAGAGGACAUGAAAACCAUAGAAGGGCUAGGUAUGCAUACAGAUAUGAGUUGCAUAACAAUUGUGUAUCAAGAUGAAACAGGAGGUUUGCAAGUGAAAUCAAAACAAGAGGGGAGGUGGAUGGACAUUGCUCCAAGUGAAGGGACUUUGGUUGUAAAUAUUGGGGACUUGUUGCAAGCUUGGAGCAAUGACAAGCUCAUCUCAUCUGAACAUAGAGUUGUGUUGAAAAAGCCAGUAAACCGGCUUUCGAUUGCUUUCUUUUGGUGUUUUGAGGAUGAGAAGGUGAUUUUGGCUCCUAAUGAAGUCGCGGGCAAUGAGGACAUGAGACUUUACAAGCCGUUUGUUUGCUUGGAUUACUUGAAAUUCCGAGAGAGUAACGAAGAGGGAAAGUUUGAAAAAGUUGGGUUUACCGUUAAAGAUUUUGUCGCGCACAACGCCAAGAAUGAAUUGUGUACAAAAGUCCAAGCCGUAACACAAUAGACCCAAAUCUAUCAUCUUGGCAGUGAUAAACUCAUGCAUAUGAACUUAUAUGAAACUCUAAUAUAUGAAUUUGGGAGUGUGAAAAAUAUAGUUGUUCUCUAGGAUAUAUGAUUUAUUAUUGUAUGUAUAGAUGCUUGCUAGGUUUGGUUGCUUUUGAUUUCAUGUAAACUUCAGUCAUUGCUGUACAAAUAUUCAGUAUUAUUUACUAAAACUAUGAAUAAAUUAAUGCUAUCAUGUAACA